AUGGCACCACAAAUUUCAGAAAAGUCUGGGGAGCCUCGCGAAACUCCUCAGUUUCCUCCCCGAUCAGACUCCCUGCCCGUUUCCAGUCAUGGCGACUCUUCCGACCCCGAAAACCACCCCCUCGAAAAGGCAGACACCAAGCUCGCGACCCCUCCCAAGACCGCCAACCCCGAGGACCUCUACGCUCACCUCCCAGAACACGAGGCCGAGAUUCUCAAAAGACAGGUCGAUGUGCCUACCCUCACCAAAGGCGCUGGCGUCCUCUACCGUUAUGCUUCUCGCAAUGACAAGAUUAUCAUCUUUGUCUCCACCAUCUGCGCCAUCGCCUCUGGCGCUGCUCUGCCACUCAUGACCGUCAUCUUCGGAAACCUACAGCGCGUCUUCCGUGAAUUCUUCUUCGGAGGCUCGCUCACAUAUGACGGCUUCGUUGAUCAACUCACCACAUAUGUCCUCUACUUUGUCUACCUCGGCAUCGGCGAAUUCGUUGUCACUUACAUUUGCACCGUUGGCUUCAUCUACACUGGUGAGCACAUUGCUGCCAAGAUUCGCGAACACUACCUGCAGGCUUGCAUGCGACAAAAUAUUGGCUACUUUGACAAGCUCGGUGCCGGCGAGGUCACCACCCGCAUUACUGCAGACACCAACCUGAUCCAAGACGGUCUCUCCGAAAAAGUCUCUCUCACCAUUGCCGCCCUUGCCACCUUUGUCACUGCCUUUAUCAUCGCCUUUAUCAAUUACUGGAAGCUCACUCUCAUCCUCUCCGCCACCGUUUUCGCCCUCGUUCUCAACAUUGCCAUCGGCUCCAGCUUCAUGCUCAAGCACAACAAAGCCUCCCUUGAAUCCUAUGCCGAAGGUGGCUCCAUCGCCGAAGAAGUCUUUAGCUCCAUCAGAAAUGCGAUUGCUUUCGGCACGCAAGAGCGCCUUGCUAAGAAAUACGAUCAGUACCUGGGCAAGGCCGAGUACUUUGGUUUCCGUGUAAAGAGCGCCAUGGCCAUCAUGGUCGGUGGCAUGAUGCUCAUCCUCUUCCUCAACUACGGUCUGGCUUUUUGGCAGGGAAGCAAGUUCAUUGUCGAGGAAAUCAUCCCCAUCAAUAAGAUUCUUACCAUUAUGAUGUCCGUCAUGAUUGGUGCUUUCCAGCUCGGCAACGUUGCUCCCAACCUUCAGGCCUUUACCACGGCUGUCGCCGCCGCUGCCAAGAUUUUCAACACCAUCGACCGCCCCUCUCCUCUCGAUCCCUCUACCGAAGACGGCGCAAAGAUUGAGAACAUCAUGGGCAACAUUCGCCUCGAGAACAUAUCUCACAUCUACCCCUCCCGCCCCGAGGUUCGUGUCAUGUCCAACGUCAGCCUAAGCAUCCCCGCCGGCAAAACGACCGCUCUUGUAGGCGCUUCUGGCUCUGGAAAGAGCACUAUUGUCGGCCUCGUUGAACGAUUCUAUUCCCCCGUCCAGGGCACAAUCUACCUCGACGGUAUUGACAUCUCCACUCUCAAUCUCAAGUGGCUUCGCCAGCAAAUGGCUCUUGUCAGCCAGGAACCUACGCUCUUCGGAACAACCAUUUUCAAAAACAUUGGUCACGGCCUGAUUGGAACGGCUGCUGAGCACGAGACGGAAGAAAAACGACGUGAACUUAUCAUCGCGGCCGCCAAGAUGGCCAAUGCCCACGACUUCAUUUCCAGCCUGCCCGAAGGUUACGAGACCAACGUCGGGGAGCGCGGCUUCCUCCUCUCCGGCGGCCAGAAGCAGCGUAUUGCCAUUGCUCGCGCCGUCGUCUCUGACCCUAAGAUUCUUCUACUCGACGAGGCCACUUCGGCUCUUGAUACCAAGUCUGAAGGCGUUGUCCAGGCUGCCCUGGAAAAGGCUGCCGCUGGUCGAACCACCAUCACCAUCGCCCAUCGCCUCUCCACCAUCAAGGAUGCCCACAAUAUUGUCGUCAUGUCUGAGGGUAAAAUCAUUGAGCAAGGUAACCACGAUGAUCUCAUUGAAAAGCGAGGCGCAUACUUCAACCUCGUCUCCGCCCAAAACAUCGCCGCCGCGGAAGAGCUUACUACCGAUGAGCAGGCUCAGCUGGAAGAGGAAGAAAUGGCCCUCAUUCGUGAGAAGUCUACUAACCGUGCCUCACUCUACGAUGCCGACCCCGAUGACAAUAUUGCUGAUAAGUUGAACCGGAGCGCGACUCGAAAGUCCGUCUCUAGCAUGAUUUUGCAGAACAAGGCGACAGGCGAUCGUGAGCAAAAGGAUAGCCUCGGAACAUUGAUCAAGCUCAUUGCGUCCUUCAACCGCCCCGAAUGGAAGCGGAUGCUCCUUGGCUGUGUCUUCAGCAUCAUCUGCGGUGGUGGCAAUCCGACCUCUGCCGUCUUCUUCGCCAAGGAGAUCACUACGCUCUCCGUACCCAUCACUCCCGCGAAUCGUGGCCAGGUUAAGCACGACUCGGACUUUUGGAGCGCCAUGUUCGUCAUGCUGGCCUUUGCACAAUUCAUCGCGUUUAGUAUUCAAGGUGUGGCUUUCGCCAUGUGCUCGGAGCGCCUCGUCCAUCGUGUUCGCGACCGCGCAUUCCGAUCCAUGCUUCGCCAGGAUGUUGCCUUUUUUGACCGUGAGGAGAAUACUGCCGGUGCUCUGACCUCGUUCCUCUCCACUGAGACCACGCACGUUGCUGGCAUUAGCGGCGUAACGCUGGGCACGAUCCUACUGACGGCUACUACGUUGAUUGCCGCCUGUACCGUCUCUCUCGCUAUUGGAUGGAAGCUCUCGCUAGUCUGCAUCUCGACUAUCCCUGUUCUUCUUGGAUGUGGUUUUUUCCGCUUCUGGCUCCUUGCCCACUUCCAGCGUCGAUCCAAAGCCGCGUACUCUUCGUCUGCUUCGUAUGCGUCGGAAGCCAUCUCCGCUAUCCGCACCGUCGCGUCGCUCACGCGCGAGGAUGACGUGCUGGCCAUUUACCAAGAGUCUCUCGCCGCACAGCAGCGCCGCAGUCUCAUUUCGGUCGCCAAGUCCAGCGCUCUCUACGCUGCCUCUCAGUCGCUUGUCUUUCUCUGCCUUGCUCUUGGUUUCUGGUAUGGAGGUACUCUCAUCGGCAAGCGUGAGUACAGCAUGUUUCAGUUCUUCCUGUGCUUCAUGUCCAUCAUCUUCGGUGCCCAGUCCGCAGGCACCGUCUUCUCCUUCGCCCCGGACAUGGGCAAGGCCCACGGUGCUGCUCAGGAGCUCAAGACUCUGUUUGAUCGCAAGCCCGCCAUUGACACAUGGUCUGACGAGGGCGAGCCCGUCACCGAGGUUGAAGGCACUCUGGAGUUUCGCGAUGUUCACUUUCGCUACCCCACUCGCCCUGAACAACCCGUCCUGCGUGGCCUCAACCUGACUGUGCGCCCCGGUCAGUACAUUGCUCUUGUCGGUGCUUCUGGCUGUGGUAAGAGUACCACGAUCUCGCUCCUUGAGCGGUUCUACGAUCCACUUGCUGGCGGUGUUUAUGUCGACGGUAAAGAAAUCAGCACCCUCAACAUCAACGACUACAGAUCGUUUAUUGCUCUCGUCAGUCAAGAGCCUACUCUGUACCAGGGUAGCAUCAAGGAGAACAUUCUUCUAGGCACAAGCCGUGAAGACGUAACGGACGCUGAGCUGGAGCAUGUGUGCCGUGAAGCCAACAUCUACGACUUUAUCGUGUCGCUGCCCGAAGGGUUUAACACGACUGUGGGAAGCAAAGGCGCUCUACUGUCUGGUGGCCAGAAGCAGCGUGUUGCUAUCGCCCGUGCGCUGAUUCGCGACCCCAAGAUUCUGCUGCUCGAUGAGGCAACAUCGGCGCUCGACUCGGAGUCUGAGAAGGUUGUGCAGGCUGCGUUGGACAAGGCUGCCAAGGGUCGCACGACGGUUGCGGUGGCGCACCGUUUGAGUACCAUUCAAAAGGCAGAUAUUAUCUACGUGUUUGACCAGGGCCGCAUUGUUGAACAGGGCACACACUCGGAGCUGAUGCGUAAGAAUGGUCGUUACGCAGAGCUUGUCAACCUGCAAAGUCUUGCCAAGCACGGUUAA